AUGAAAAACCUCUCGUUUCUCCUCCUCUUCCUCCUCUUCCCUGUCCCGGGGUUGCUGGACUCUGGCAGGUCACUGUGUUCCAUGGAUAAAGCCAUUGACAAGAAGAUCAAGCAAAGCUUCAGCUCCCUAUGGUCAGAAGCAGUAAUAAGCAGUGGCAUCCAAUGCCGGACAGUCUCUUCCAGAGGGGACUUGGCCUCCUGCCCAGAAGGCUUAGCAGUCACCAGCUGCUCCUGUGGCUCUGCCUGUGGCUCGUGGGAUGUUCGAGAGGAAACAACGUGUCACUGCCAGUGUGCAGGCAUAGAUUGGACGGCAGCCCGUUGCUGUGCCCUGAGGGUUGGUGCCUGA